GUUUUAUUACUGCUCGGCAUAGCCGGUGUAGCGGUGCCUUGGGCCCUUGUAAUCAACGUUAGGCACAAGGGCGCCGGUGCGCUGGAGAGCCUGGUGAGUCAUGUCCCUGCUGGAAGAGGAGGUCCACCGCCCGCCUCCUGCCGUAUCAGCUCCGUACUCAUCCAAGGUGUUCGCUGCCGUCAUCGAGGGAAAACACAUCGACUUUGCCCUGUCCACUUUUGGAGAAACGGAUUUCCUGUGCAUCACCGAGUAUCAGAAGAUCGGAACCGUGGUCCAUGUGGAGAUUGAGUCGUCGCAGGUAGUGGAAGGUCCGAACAAGAUAUACAGCAUCAGAGUGCUGCUCGGUGAGGACUCGGAGACGGUGAGGGCUGCUGCCCGCUUCCUGGCCGAACAGCUGGGUACGCGCAAACAGCUGAUCGUCACACUGGCUCUGCGGGAGCUGCGGCCGACGCUGCUCAAGCAAAUGGUGCCGGUUGUCAAGGAGCAGCGCGACUAGUCGCACCUGACAAAUGGCGGCGCCGGUGCGGUUCGGCCAGGCGGUGGUGGGGCCGCCGGGCUCUGGCAAGAGCACCUACUGCGGCGGCAUGCAGGAGUUCCUGCGCGCCGCCGGCCGCCAGGUGGCCGUGGUGAACCUGGACCCGGCCAACGACGCGCUGCCGUUCGCCGCCGACGUCGACCUGGCCGAGCUGGUGACGGUGGCGGACGUCAUGCAGACGCUGGCGCUCGGUCCCAACGGCGCGCUUCUCUACUGCAUGGAGUACCUGGAGAAGAACGUGGACUGGCUGCUGAAGAAGCUGCGCCCGCUCCACGACAAAUACAUCCUGUUCGACUUCCCCGGACAGGUGGAGCUGUACACGCACAACGCGGCCGUGCCACGCCUGCUGCGCCGGCUGGAGCGGGAGAACCUCCGACUCACCGCCGUCAACCUGGUGGACUCGCACUACUGCAGCGACCCGGGAAAGUUCGUAUCCGUGCUGUUAACCACGCUGUCCACCAUGCUUCACCUGGAACUUCCACACAUCAACGUUCUCUCCAAAAUCGACCUGGCCGAGAAGUUUGGAAAGCUGCACUUUGGCCUGGAUUUCUACACGGAGGUGAUGGACCUGGAACGGUUGACUGAGCUCCUCGACGACGACCCGUUCACCAAGAAGUACCGGCGCCUCACCGAACGCAUCACCGGGCUCGUGCAGGACUACGGCCUCGUCUCGUUCGCGCCGCUCAAUGUCGCUGACAAGCACACCAUGCACCGACUCGUGCGCCUGAUCGACAAGGCCAACGGCUACGUGUUCGGCGCCGGCGAGGAGCGCUCCAUCCAGAGCCUGCUGGCGUGCGCGGUCGGCGCCGAGUUCCAGGACGACGUGGUGGGCGCCGCGGCCGAACGCUACCUCGACGCCGACCGGGAAGACAUGGAGCCGUGAGGGCGGUGCGGGCGAGGACUGCCGCGGACCGACGACGCGCCGGCGCUCCGUUGUGAGCGGCGCCUCGGCGCGGGCCGCAGCGCGCAGACCCGUGCCAGCCAGCGGGGCUGUGUGUGCCGGAGAGUGCUGCUGUCCAGGCCUGCCCGAGGUGAA